AUGACCAAGCAACUUGAGGUAUUGAGAGAAUAUUCUGAGAUCACUAGGGUAGUUCAACGUGAGGAGGAACAGCGACGACACGAAAUAGCUCAACGUGAGGAGGAACAGCGACGAUACGAAGAAACCGCCCGAGAGAUCUGCCAAGCCUUAAGAACUAGUCCCUACGAAAGAUUCAAAAAUACCAUUCCCGAAAGGUAUCCCGGAACCUGCAGGUGGGUGGUAGAACAUCCCCAACAUCGUCGAUGGUCUCAAAGUUACCGUGAUGAUGUACUUUGGAUCUCGGCAGAUCCUGAAUGUGGGAAAUCUGUGCUGGCCAAGUCACUGAUCGAUCAUGAGCUCAAAAGCGCAGAGUCCCACAUUGUGUGCUACUUUUCCUUCAAGGACAUCGAUGACCGCAACUCUCUCCACACUGCAUUAUGUGCCAUCCUUCAUCAAUUAUUUAGUUGCGAGCCAACACUGGUCCGCCAUGCGAAAAACACGUGGGAGAAGAACGGGAAAGUAAUCACUUCUUAUGUCGACCAGUUAUGGCAUAUACUGAUGGCAGUUGCUUCUGGCCAGGAAGAAGGCGAGAUCACUUGCGUUUUGGACGCGCUUGAUGAAUGCCGCGAAGAGGACAGGCUCUAUCUCAUUGAUCUACUGUCCAAGUUCUAUCUCACCGCUGAUUUCUCGGAACCGAAGAAAGGGCGUUUGAAAUUUCUGGUCACCAGCAGGCCUUGCAAGGAUAUUCGAGACAAGUUUGACAAUAUCACUUCAUCUCUUCCAACAAUUCAUCUUCGUGGUGAGGACGAGAACAACAACAUUCGAGAGGAAAUUGACCUAGUUAUUCAACACCGGGCUCUCAAGUUAGCAAACAAGUACAAGUUGAGCGAAAAGAGCUCCUCAGAUCUGGUGGAGAAGCUGCUGACGAUGGAGAGCCGUACCUACCUCUAUGUCGAUCUCGCGCUCCAGAGUAUUGCCAUGAGCUUUAGUAAUAGCUACCUUCCGGAGAAGGAGCCAAUCGUGUUCCUUCUAGCCUCGGUCGAAGCCGCAUACCAAGAAGUUCUGGACAAGGUAGACGUCGCACAGCAAGUGAAAGUGAAACUCAUACUGGGGAUUGUCGUCAGCGCCCGCCGGCCUCUGACGAUAGGUGAAAUGGCUAUAGCGUUACGGCUGGCGACAGUCGCUGAGAUCACAUCCGUGAAAGACCUGAUUAUUCAGGAGGACCAUCUCAGGGACAAUAUCAGACAAUGGUGCGGUUUGUGCCUGUUCUUGGACGACUCGCGUAUCUAUCUUAUUCAUCAGACUGCAAAAGAAUUCCUUGUUCGCUCUACCCACGAGCCAGCUGACGCUCGUGGUUGGAAGUACUCUCCGAGACUCUGA